ACGCCAACGAAGCCCAGCGAAACCGAAGAAGCGAACACGAAAAGGAAGCCAAGGGAAGCAACGAAAAGGCCACGCUACCUUCCAAUCCCCCCUCCCCUCCCCACCCCACCGGCUCCUCCUCCUCUUCCCCUUCCUGACUUCCUCUUGCCCGGCAUUGCCUUCUUGCAUUGCGGCGGCGCUGGCGCAGGGGCAGUCGAGAGGAGGGGUGUGAUGAUGCGCCGGGUGCCCGAGUGGCUGGAUACGCUCCUCUCCACGCGCUUCUUCCUCGCCUGCCCCGCCCACCCGGCCUCCCCGCGCAACGAGUGCAACAUGUUCUGCCUCGACUGCCGUGGCGCGCCGCCGCCCGCCUUCUGCUACUACUGCCGCGCCCACCGACACGCCGCCCACCGAGUCAUCCAGAUACGAAGGUCCUCGUACCACGACGUCGUCCGCGUCUCCGAGGUCGAGGACGUCCUCGACAUCACCGGCGUCCAGACCUACGUCAUCAACAGCGCCAGGGUCCUCUUCCUCAACGAGCGCCCCCAGCCGCGCGGCGCCGGCGCGGCCGCGGGCAAGGCCGCCGCCUCCCCCUACAACUGCGAGAUCUGCGGCCGCGCGCUGCUCGACCCAUUCCGAUUCUGCUCCCUAGGAUGCAAGUUGGUGGACACCAAGAGGAGCAACGGCCACGCAGCGGCCACCGGCAACGUCGGCGAGGCCGGCGGCGCCAAUGAGGCGGAGGCCGGCGGGAGCAAGGACGGCGCCGCUCGGCCGCAGGGCAGGCGGCGGAAAGGGAUCCCCCACCGCGCGCCCUUCUGGUCCUGACCGCCGACGGAAUCCAUUAUCGGUCGCCACCGGCAACAGAAGCAACAGGUAGCAAUCGAUCAAUGGCGCCCAGAACCAGAAGAGAAUCAGCAUCGAGACAAUGGCAGCAACGGGGGAGCGAAUGGAGGAGGGGAGCACGCAACAAGAAUUUGACGGCCUGGCCGGCUUCGGUUGUACUUACAUACCAAAAGAAAGAGAGAGAAAAGAAAAGAAAAGAUACUGCCCGCCCAACUAGAGAGAGAGAGAGAAGCAAGCGAGGCAGCCCCAACCACCGGUGCCGGGGCCGCGCACGCUGGACUGCAGUAAGCAACAUGUCUGUCCCCAUCUCUCUCUCUUUCUCUCUCUCUCUCUCUCUGAGAUAAAUUCUAAUUAGGAUCAAAUUGAAUGGUUUUACAUUGCUUACAUUGGUCCCUAAUUGCUUUUGUUCCUGUAAAAAUCGUUGUGCAUUGCAUUGCGAAUUAUUAUUCCUUGGGUCGGGGGCAAGCUGAAAAUAAUGCUGAUGAGAAAGCAAGGGCAUCCAUCCUGUCCAUAUAUACUCCUAGCUGAGAGCAUGAGAAAAGCAGGCCAGGCGUGUAGGAAGGAAUACGAAAGGAAAACGAAUGACUGUCUUUUUGUUUGUCUGUCUCGUGCCUGCCCAGCUAUUAGCGACAAAUUAAGCUCUGCAUGAUUAGUUUCAGCUUCAUCAGCUUCCUAAUACAGUUGAGUAUAAUGCUGCUCCUCUCUCUCCU